UCCUCAUCCUCCCACACCGAGGAGGCAUCAUGGCUGCGACGCUAUUCAGCUCUUAAAUAUUGGCAAAACAAAGACAGGAAAUACACACAAGGUAUCCUAGUACAAAUGACUCAACCGGACGACAACGAGAGUGGCGUUAUUCAUUCAGAAUAAAUGGCGUUUAUGUCCCGGUUUUCCCGGUCAAGGAGCAGCUCCAGAUCCCCCAACAGAAAAGACUCGGAGCGCGCGUCCCCUGUCCUGUCCGUGUCCGAGCUGGAGAGACUACUGUGCACUGGCAAAACCGCGUGUAACCAUGCAGAUGAAGUGUGGCCACGGCUGUUCAUUGGAGACCAAGACAUCGCCUCAGACCGCCGAGAGCUGGCCAAACUUGGCAUUACACACAUUCUGAACUGUGCCCAGAGCAAAUGGCGAGGAGGAGCAGAAUAUUAUGCCGGGAUGAACAUUACCUACCAUGGUAUUGAGGCGCAUGACUCCCCCACGUUUGACAUGAGUGUCAACUUCUAUCCUGCUGCAGAAUUUAUUCAUAAAGCCCUCAUCAGUGGAGGCAAGGUGCUAGUGCACUGCACUGUGGGAGUUAGCCGCUCUGCCACGCUGGUGUUAGCCUAUUUGAUGAUCAGACAGAACUUGACUCUGGUGGAAGCCAUUAAGACUGUAAAGGACCACAGAGGUGUCAUCCCGAACAGAGGGUUCCUCCGUCAGCUCAAUGGGCUGGACAGCAUCUUGAGAGAGAGUAGAAAGACAUCCCCACAGAGCUGAGAGCCAACUACAAGUGAGCAGCCAACUUCAAGUUUUUAAACUCUUUGGAUCAUCUGAAAAGUUAGUUUCAGUUUAUGGUGCACAUCAUUUACUCUUGGUGGCUAUUGAGAAAACCAAAUGACAUCCUUAAAACCUUUGAACCAAAAUGAUUAAAUUUACAUCAACAAAUAAGUUGACUAAUUGUUUCAGACAUAUUAGCCAAUAUCAACUAAAACACAUACACCCAUCUCUUUGUAGCAGGAUUUAUGUGUUUAUGUAACAGCAUACAUUAUCUCCAACUUGGUAGUAUAGAAUCAAAGAUUAUGUGAGUUUACUUAAUUGGCACACUUGUCACUGUGAUGAAAUAUUGUAACUAAGUUGUAACUAAGUUACUAUAGUUAUUUUCUAUUGCAAUGUUACUUUGGGGCCCAACAUGGCCGACUACCACAGUGAGCUUUUAUGGGCAACACACUGACAGACCAGCACUGUUAUGUAGCCUUUUUGAACAGCAUCACAAGUGUUAACAAUUAUGAUCCAGAGACACAGUCUGUUGCUGAUGUGUUGCAGUGAGUACACUCACACUCUCUAUUAACUUGUACUUUGAAUAUGUGUGUUUUAAGCGUUUUUGACCUUGUAUCACAUUGUUUAUCAAUUUCACUUCAGAGUCAAAACAUGCUGGUGAAGCUGUGUUAUUACUUCAAAUUAAGUUUGACUACUUGGUACUAAUCAAAAAUCUAUUAUUAAUUUCUACUUUCAUUGCGCGAGAGAAUGCGCCUAAUAAGUAUUGAACAGUUUAUUUAUAUCACAAAAGUGCCAUUUCAAUAGCUACUUGCUGCCUUUACGUAUUCUGCAGCGGUUGUGCAAAUUAGAUUUGCACGAUACUAUGUUAGGCCAAUUUAAACCAGCUUUUAAAUCAAAACAAGUAAUUGUUACUUGUUACAAGUGUUGCAUAUGAGUAUUCUCCACACACUGACACAUGUGCUCUGCUGUUAUCACAACUCAAAGUGGUAGUUGCUUAAUAUUUCAUGGACAUUUUACAUCAGACGGGAAACUUUCACAUAUACACUCAUAUAUACAUAUACGCUCACAUAUACAUUCACAGUGUGAACAUAUUUGAGUUUGGGUUUUUUGUCACUACAUCUCACAUAAUGUGCAUGCUUUUCUCCAUACUACCUGCAUUAUUUAUAUUGUACUGGUGAGUAAUCAGCUCUUGGCUGGAUGUUUGUAUUAUACUGUAUCUUCAAUUUGUUAUAAAUCUUUCUAUCUUUCAUAGACAUUUCUAUGGCAAGGAUUAUAAAUAUAAUUUUACUUAUUUUUGUAAUCUCUCUUUCUGUGCUUCAUUGUAAAGUAACCUGGCAAAGGAGACGUUGAUGCCUUAAACUACUGUAUGUAAUUCUAUCACUUAUGACAUUUUAUUUAUUAUGCCUUGAAUGUUUUAAUAAAAAUGUUGUAAACGUA